UUCAGUCAGGGGAUGUAAGACAAGAGAGUGACGAAUGUCCGUUGUUGAGCCUUCAGGACAGCGGAGUUGCGAGAGCGGAUCCUUUGUUGUCUGCUGACUCGAGCACAAAGUCCUCCACAAUGGUCUUGUCCUCGCCACACUCCUUGAGGCUGAAGUAUAUGUCUCUGGGGGUGCUGGUGUUGCAGACCACCUCACUGGUGCUAACGAUGCGUUACUCCCGCACACUGAAGGAAGACGGCCCCCGCUACCUGGCCUCGUCCGCUGUGGUGUCGUCCGAGGUGCUCAAGAUCCUUGCCUGCACCCUGCUCGUCUUCAUGGAGAACAAUUUCAGUGUGCGGGCAAUGAACCAGCUACUGAAGGAGGAAAUUGUGAACAAGGCCGUGGAGACCAUGAAGUUGGCCAUUCCUGCCGGGAUCUACACUCUGCAGAACAAUCUGCUCUAUGUUGCCUUAUCCAACCUGGAUGCAGCCACCUAUCAGGUCACCUACCAGCUGAAGAUUCUCACCACUGCACUGUUUUCUGUCUCCAUGCUGGGGAAGAGGUUGGGCUUCUACCAGUGGCUCUCGCUGCUCUUCCUCAUGGCUGGAGUCACUCUGGUGCAGUGGCCCACAGAGUCUGAGGGUGACUCUGAGCAGAAGAUCCUCUCUGCAGGCUCCCAGUUUGUGGGACUGAUGGCGGUGCUGACGGCCUGUGUGUCCAGUGGAUUCGCCGGAGUUUACUUUGAGAAAAUCCUCAAGGAGACUAAACAGAGCGUGUGGGUCCGAAACAUACAGCUAGGUUUAUUUGGCUUCGUGUUCGGCUUGGUAGGAAUGAUAGUAUAUGACGGCCAGAGAGUGAGACAGUCGGGAAUGUUUCAGGGCUACAGCACUAUUACCUGCACAGUCGUUGUCUUACAGGCUCUGGGCGGGUUGGUCAUAGCCAUGGUCAUUAAAUAUGCAGACAACAUUCUCAAAGGAUUCGCCACCUCUCUGUCCAUCAUUGUGUCUGCACUCAUUUCAUAUUUCCUGUUGGAGGACUUUAACCCUACUGGGGUAUUUUUCCUAGGGUCACUGCUGGUUAUUGCCGCCACAUUUCUUUACGGCUACGAGCACAAACCUGCCAGUAGCAGUGCCAUGAAAGUAUAAACAGAGGCGUCUGUGGGCUGUGCUACCUGACAGAAGUGACAGCCGGCACCCAACAUAGACAGCAGGACUCUAACUCUGUUUGGCAGAAAGAAAUUCAUGAAGUGGAAGUGAUAAAACCUAUUACUGCCAAACAACUGCAGCUGGAGACUGUUGAGACUAAAUGUACCACAUCACUCCUCUGGAAAAAUGCUACAAAAGAGGGUACAAAGGUUCUUAUGAAAAUACUAACAGGAAUACAGUGAAGCUGACUUGUCAUGUCAUCAGGCAUUGUUGCAGUUAAACUAAACAUAGUUGGACUGAAUUAUCCCAUGGAAACAUACUGUCGAUUCAUUUAAAGGGACCAGGAGUAGAGUAUGAUGAAAGCAUGGCUUUAUGGUCAUUUGCAAAUCUGUGUUUUAUAGUUCAAUAUUUCAAUUGUGUAUUUAUGUGUUAAGGGAUAUGGGGAAAGGGGGUGUAUUUAUAAAACAAAAAGUUACUGUUGUUGGUGUUACUGGUGCUGAGAGCACUUCCCUCAAAGAGAGGAAAAUCCUUGACAGAGCUUCCAUCUAGUGGUGGAAUGAGGAGCAAACUUGCUGCAAAGAGGAGGGGUUACCUCUGUUCAAAGAUGCUGAAAGUCCUUUUUUAUAUGAGAUGAGAUAAGAUGGGAUAUUACUGCUUUGACCUUGCUGCUCACAGUCUAGAGUAUUUAUAUCAAAAGCACUCAUUCUACUGUUAUUUAAAUGCAAAAUAAAGGUCUUUAUGUAAGAACAAAUGAAUAAAUUAAGGCAUCUUUCAUGCUGAAA